UUCAAUUUUACAAAAGAAAUCUGCUUAAAAUGUGCUUAUCAAAUAUGAAAUUUAUUUAUGUCUUCUAUUUGAUUUUGUUGAUUACAUCGGAAAUCCGAAUGGAUAAUGAAUUGAAAAUGACUGCAACACAAAAAGAUCAAAUCUGUGAAAGUCUCAAGAAUAAUAAUAGCACACAAUUCAACAUAAUUGCAAUUGGAACAACAUCAGAACGAAUAUUAUUGAUAACAAAGGAUUACUAUGUAUAUGAUGUUCCAAUCGAUUCCUUAGAUCAGGCCCAUGAUAAAUUACAUCUACCAACAAAGCCAACACCAAUCCACGAUAAAUAUCCACUUCUUUUCAAUAAUCCAAUUUUUCAUCAAUUUCGAUCAUUCCCUUCAAGUUCAAACGCAUUUAUAAUGAAUGAUGGAAAAAAUGACUGGUUUUUUUUAAGCAAAAGGCAAGGAGAAACAAUGUUGAAAGUUUAUUAUAACAUGGAUAGUUCAGAAGUGUUUACUAACUUGGUUCCACUUGUUGAGAAAAACGAAGUUUUGGUUUCAAGCGACAUUCCACGCCAUUAUUAUUCAGUAGUUCGUGAGAAUAAUAAUUUGCAUAUGAGUAUAUAUCGAUAUGAUGAAGAUAGUGAUUUUAAGAAUAUUUCAAUCAUACCUACCGAAGGAGCUAAAUACUCAAUAUGCUACAAUCCACAGAAUACGAAAAUUAUGAUGGAAAAGGGAAAACAAUGUCGUUCUGGAAUUCCGGUUCAUUGGCCAGUAUUAAAAGGAUUUGUGAGUGGUAACAAAUUCUAUUUAUUUGGUCAUUCAAGCAUCUACAUUUUCGAUGAAGCUGUGUACAAUAAUCAAGGAAAAGAAUAUCCAGUGCAAAAAUCAGUUACCAUUCUUUCUUCAAUUGUGCCGAUAAAAAAAAUCCAACCAGAAGAAAUCGAAAGAAAGGAAAACUAA